AUGGGGGUUGGGCAGUGUGCACUUGCGUGCGUCCUCCUGACCACCCUGGUGCUGCUGCAUCCAAGUCUGGCUGAUGUGGGGAGGGGUGCAGACAUCCAGUUGCGAGCCAAAUGGAAUUCCAGCACCUUUGCCCACGAGGCAGCGGAGUUCCUGGCUGCGCAGGACACCGCCGCGUUCUGGAGCUUUGCAGGGGCUUUCACCCUGCCGCAGGACAGCACCGACUGCCUUGAACACGUGCUGCGGCAGGCCAGGUCCUUGCCUCCCGACGAGCCCAGCAGGAGGCUGCUGGGGGUUGAGGUGGCUGCGCGCCUGCACAGCCCCAGGGCCGAGCUCUUCCACGCCGCCGCGGCCCGUGAGCUGGGGGACGCCAGCCCCAGCAUGCCCUGCUGCUGGGCCAGUGUGGGCGGCGCCCCCUUCCUGUCCCUGUCAGCGCUCCGAGCCGCGCUGGCGGCGCCUGCGACGGGCCGCGCGAGCGAGGGCCCACGGGCGUUUGAUCACGUGCACCCCGGGCCGCCAGAGGGGGCGCCAGAGGUUCCCUUUGUGGCCCUGUAUGCGCCGCUGGGGAACGCGUGCGGAGCCGCCUUCCAUGCAGAGCUGCGGGCGCUGGCCAGCGCAGGCAAAAUCACCUACGCCUGGCGGCCCCUGGCCACGGUCGCGUGUGCGGGCGACGACAGCUCCCCCUGCUUGCAUGCUGGCUCCUCCCUGGUACUGCCGGGGUACGGCGUCGAGCUGGCCAUCAAGAACAUGGAGUACAAUGCCGCAGACGACAAGGCAGCGUCCGAGGCCGCAGCGGACGCAGGUGGGGACCCUGCGGGCGCAGAGGACACCGCGCCUUCAGGCACUGCAGCCGUGGGAGCUGCCCGCGUGCCCGCCGGCGAGGGCGACCUGGAGGCCCUGCACGCCCAGCUCGAGGCCUGGCGGGACAGCGCGGCGGCGGAGACGGUGCUGACCAAGCGCCAGCUCCGUCGGCUGGGCCUGCAGGCGGCCGCGCGCGUCGCCGAGGCGCCGGCCUCCCCGCUGGCGGUCCUCGUGGAGCUGGCGCAGAACCUGCCGUCAUACGCUCCCCUCCUGUCAGCCGUGCACGUACCCAAGAACCUGACACGGGCGGUCGACCUCCUGCAGCGCCUCCUCCCCCCCGCCUCCGGCAUGCUGGCAGUGAAUGGCCGCCUGCUGCGCGCCCGCGACCUCUCCCUCCACGACCUGCUGGGCAAGUCCGACGCGCGCUAUGCACGCUGGCCAGCGCGCCUGGAGUCGCUGCUGGUGCCCUCCUUCUCGGGGCGCCUGCCGGGCCUGCGGCGCAACCUGCUCACCGCCGUCCUGCUGUUCGAUCCGGCCAGCGAUUCGGCCGCCGACCUGGGCGAGGCCGCGCGCGUGGUGCUGCUCCAGGGCUGGCCCCUGCGCCUGGGCCUGGUGCCGCUCGUCAGAAAUGGAGCCGGGGACGAAGCGGGGGCCAGGGUCGCGCGCCUGUUCCUGGGUGUGCACGCCACCCUGGGGCCCGACCCCGCCCUCGCCUUCCUCGUAAGCCUGGCUGGAGUCGACUUUCAGUCCGGCGACGAGGCAGCCGCCUGGAAGCAGGUCCAGCUCACGUUCAAGAGACACUGGCCGACGUGGGUGGACAAGGCCUCCGAGGACGCCGAGCCUCACCCCGCCCUGCAGUGGACCGCAGCGCAGGCGCUGGAGGCCUAUGUCGAUCAGCCCGACGCCGCCACGCUGCGCACGCUGCGCGCCGGCGUGGCCCUGGCCCGCUCCACGGGCCUCGCCGGCCUGGCCGCCUCGCCCGAGGCCUCCGGCGGCGUGCUGGUCAUCUGCGGGCUGGUGGUGCCGCUGCGCGCGGGGGAGCCGGUGGCACGGCUGGUCGGCCAGGCGCUGCAGAUGGAGCUGCGCCAGGUGCAGGAGGACGUGUACCUGCACCGCCUGACCGACGACAUGCCCGACCUGGAGGACGAGCUGCUGGAGCUGAGGGGGGCAGCCCCCCGCAUCAACCCCCGCAUCUUCCCCAGCCGGCAGGGGACCGGCGCGGGGGGCGGGCUGGAGGGGGUGCCGGACCCCAGCGCGCCGCGCCAGCUGGCGCUGACGGGGCCUGGCCUGGGCGCGGCGGCACGCCACGCCGCGGGGCUGGCCUACUGGAAGGUUGGGGAUGGCGUGGAGACGGACGCGCCGGCCAUCAUCCACUGGGCGGUCGCCGACGUGCUCACCAGGGAGGGGCUCUCGCUCGUGCUGGCCGCGCUGCAGCAUGAGAGCUCCCACUCCCGGACCGCUCUCCUGCUCAACAGUGCUGGGGGUUUGGGCGAAGGCAGUCUGGCGCCCUUGGAAAGGGGUCUGCUGGCCAUGCUCACCCGAGCAGACAAACCCGUGCCAGCGCUCGAUGUGGCUGCCGCCCUGGAGUCCAUACUUGCACUGCCCCUCGACACGGAUCUGGGAUCCCUGUCAGAAAGUGACAUCCACAUCACGCAUGGCCUGAGCUGGGCCGAGCUUCCCAAUGCCGAUCAGGUUGCGGCAGCGCACUCCCGCUUUGCAAGGGAGGGGCUUCGGCUGCCGCGCGGCAGCUCUGCCGUGGUGACCAAUGGCCGAGUCGUCACGCUGCAGCCCAGUGGCGAGCUCUUCGUCCCCGAAGACUUUGAGCUGCUGGAGCUCUACGCGCGGUGGUACCAGUUUGCCGGCGAUGGAGAUUCGGAAGAACAGCAGGCCGGUCUCGAGGAUGCGGGAUAUGAGCUGAGUGGGCGGGGGCUGUGGGAGCGCUUCCCCACGGACGAGCUCAACACCGUCAGGGUCCUGGCGUACCUGCACGAGGCCCUGGGCGCGGAGGUCAUGCUGACGCUCAACCCCGACCGCGGCCUGGCUGACCUCCCGGUUAAGGGCUUCCUGCGCUAUGUGCUCCCGCGCGGCGAUGGUGCCCCGCCCGCAGCGCGCUUCGACGGCCUGCCCGCCGACCAGACGCUGACCCUGGGCAUGGAGGUGCCGGAGCCCUGGCUCGUGGAGCCGGUGGCCACCGACCACGACCUGGACAACAUCCGCCUGGCCGAGCUGGCGCCAGGUCAGCGUCUGGCUGCCACCUUUGAGCUGGAGGCCCUGCUGGUCACCGGCAGCGCCAUAGACCUCGGGGCGGCCAGGUCGGGGGACCCGAGCCAGGAGGUGCACCCGCGAGGCGUGAAGCUGGAGCUGGGCCCUGCGGGCAAGGUCCCGCUGGUGGACACCCUGGUCAUGUCCAACCUGGGCUACUUCCAGCUCAAGGCGGCGCCGGGGGAGUGGACGCUGGGCCUGGCGCCGGGCAGGUCCCGCGAGCUCUUUUCCGUCGCGCGCGACGACGAGCUGGAGGCCGACCAUGGGAUGGAGGGAGCGGCGGCGCCGAGGAAUCAAGGCGGCCUCACCUUUGAACUGCCGGUCACAGUCGACAGCCUGAUGGGUCACCACCUGCGCCUGUUCCUGAAGAAGGACCCGGCGUGGUUGGAUGAGGACGUGCUGGCCCCCAGCCCGGGCACAGGGCCAACCGUAGGUGUCUGGUCCAGCCUCCCGGUCUGGGGCGUCAAGAAGGACGAGGCCCCUGCCCCUGCGAAAGAAGGGGAGGAUGCCCGAAUCCACAUCUUCACCGUCUCCUCAGGGACAAUGUAUGAGCGCCUGCAGAAGAUCAUGAUCCUCUCCGCUGUCAAACGCACGAGCGCCCGCCUGAAGUUCUGGUUCAUCAAGAACUACAUGUCGCCCCAGAUGAAGGCUUUCAUCCCGGUCAUGGCCAGGCGAUAUGACUUUGACUAUGAGUUUGUGACAUACAAGUGGCCUACCUGGCUGCACAAGCAGAGCGAGAAGCAACGCAUCAUUUGGGCGUACAAGAUCCUGUUCCUGGACGUCCUCUUCCCGCUGGGCCUCAAGAAGGUCAUCUUCUGCGACUCCGACCAGGUGGUCCGGGCCGACCUGGCCCAGCUCUGGGCAACCGACCUGCAGGGGGCGCCCUACGCCUACACCCCCUUCUGCGACACCAACAAGGAGAUGGAGGGCUUCCGCUUCUGGAAGCAUGGCUUCUGGAAGGACCACCUCCAGGGCCUGCCCUACCACAUCUCGGCCCUGUACCUGGUGGACCUGGAUCGCUUCAGGACGCUGGCAGCCGGGGACAAACUGCGCAUCCUCUACGAGCGGCUGUCCAAGGACCCCAACUCCCUGUCCAACCUCGACCAGGACCUGCCCAACUAUGCCCAGAGCAUCGUGCCCAUCCACAGCCUGGACCAGGAGUGGCUGUGGUGCGAGACCUGGUGCGGCGCGGCCAGCCGCCCCGCGGCGCGCACCAUCGACCUGUGCAACAAUCCGCUGACCAAGGAGCCCAAGCUGCAGAGCGCGCGGCGCAUCAUCGCAGAGUGGCCCGCCCUGGACCGGGAGGUGGAGGAGCUGACGGCCGCGGUGACCGCGGCGGCAGGCCGGGCUCGGGAGCUGGAGGCCGUGGUCGCCAGCGACUCGCUGUUCCGCGCGCGCCUGGCGCCCAUGGUGGAGGGGGUGGUGGGUGGCCAGGGCCGCGACGCCAGCGAGCUGUGA